GAUGGCGCCACAGUCAUAAACGUGGAAGUUUUGAAGGAUUUACCAUCUGAAAGCGAUUUUCUGAAUAAUUGACGUGAAACAUAAUAUCUAUACGACAUUUUUUACAAUCUUUAGAUAACAGUCCUUUGUUUGGUUCAUCAUUUUAGUGCGAAAUUUGAUUUCAUCGACCUUUAACCGCACACAUACAUAAUGGACCUGAGUAAUGUGAAGUCAUUACUCAGGGCUGUGGUCCAGAGCUGCAAGGAGGGUGUUCCGCUCAGCAAACUUUCGGGAGAGUACCGUGUGAUAACCGGAGAUCAUAUCCCAUUCAAAAAGCUUGGUUAUUCCACAAUUGAUGAUUUCCUGAGGGCUAUUCCUGAUACUGCUUCUGUCAGAAGGAAUCGUGAUGGCGACCUCACCGUCUACGCCGUGGCGGAUGAGUCGACGGCCCAUUUAGAAAAACUGAUCGCCAAACAGAAGACAAAUACUAAGAAGAGAGGAAGAGGAGGGUCGAGAAGGCCAACUGCUCGGAUAACAAGGCCACUAACACAUGGUGGAGGUCGAGGUGGUCGGGGCGGGGCCCAGGGCUCCUACUCCCGCAUGCCACCUCGAUCAAACUACUACAACAGUUUCCCAACCGCAAAAACAGCUCCUCCACCACGUUUCCCGCAAUACAGCAGUGAGAAUAUGGCAGAUUUCGGAUACUCACGAAAGGUUUUGCAAGGCGGUGGCGACAAGUUUGGUCUGUCCGUCAGCUUUCAGAAUACGGAGCAGUACCGCAAACCGCUCCUUCCAACGCCUCAAACAAAACAAGGUCAUGGUGAUGACUCUAAAAUUCAUUUCUCUGAGCGCUACCAAGUCCCGCCGCGAUUUCAAAGACUUGUGGAAUCCGGCAAGGCGAAGGGAGGUUCCAGGCAGGGACCCUUGGAAACAACCAACACAAAUUCUAAUCAACCGGAGACCAGAAGUCUAUCGGCAGCGACCACUGAUAAUGUGUCUAACAAUGACGUUGGUGCCACCUCGGAUGCCUUCCCUCGAGGCGACACUUCAACCGUGGGUUACAAGUCCAUGCUUAAUAUCUAUUUGGCCAAACACAAGCUCAGCACUCCCAUGUAUAAUUCGCUGGAAACACCGUCUGGAUUUGUGUCGCAUGUGAAAGUCAAAGGAAAGACGUAUGGAUCAAGAAGCAUCGUAAAGGCCAAGAAAACAGCAGAACAACUGGCGGCACAGUCUGCAUGUGAAGAUCUAGGCAUCAGUGAAGCUCUAAUCGAGAGUUAUACGAAAAAGGUGCCCAAGAAAGGUAAACCAGUCAACUUGAGCAAAGGUCCUGAUAUACAGGGCAUGAGUUUAGGCGGAUUAGCUGGUGAUGACAGCAAGAUUGACGAAAUGAGCAAAGAAUUCAGCAAAGUUGUGGUGGAUACGCCAAAUAAUGAGAUCAAGAACAGAGUCCGAGAUUUGAUUGCCACGAAACCCUCGGGAAUGUGGAAUACACGCUUCCCUAUUGAAUACAAAGAAAAAUAUGGCGAGAAUUUACCAUCAAAUUAUGGAGAAUUACUUAAAAGCUGGGACGAUAUUAUCAGAAUUGAAGAGAGUGCAGCAGCGAAGACCAUGUCUAUAUACUAUCCAGUUAGUCAGUCAGCGACGAAAAUGAUGUCAACAUCGUCUGGUGCUGCGUCCAGAUUUGAGAAGGUCAUCAUCCCGCCGAUGAAAACAUACAAGGCUGGUGAUAAAUUGAAAGUGUUCAUAUCAUACACGCUGCAUUGCAAUGAGUUUUACGUCCAGGAGGAAGCCUCGUGUAUCGAAAGGAUCAUGGAAGAAAUCCGAGGCCACUAUGAGUCGCGCGGCUGCCCGAAGGAAAUUACGAAAAUGGAGGAAGGGAGUUACUGCGUGGCGCAGUUCAGUGACGAUGGUAACUGGUACAGGGCGAAGGUUAUAUCGACAAGGGUUUCUGGAAAGUUUGAGACGGAAGGAGAGGUUCUUUAUAUUGACUACGGCAACACUGAGUUUAUCCCCAAGUCGAAGAUGAAGAGAAUGUUAUCAUCAGUUGCUAAGGAACCAGCACAAGCUAUAAAGUGUUCGUUACACGGGGUCACACCAACUGAGGCCUCUUGGAGCAUAGACUGCAUCAGGGAGUUCUGUAAACUCACGGAGGACCAGCUAUUGACUGUUGAGGUUCUAGACGUCAUCGAUGACACUUGUGAUAUCUCGCUGGGAACCGACCUUCUCUGUAUCAAUGACGUCCUCGUAGAGAAAGGUUAUGCAAAUCAACGAUUAGUAGAACCAGAUACCUUGGUGAUACCUGAUGAUGAAAAUCUCGACGUCUUUGUGUCAUUUAUCAACAAAACAUCGGACGUCGUUGUACGCCUUGUGGGGCCAAACUAUUCAGAACUAUUAGAGGACCUCGAAGAAAAAAUGGAGAGGUUUUACACCAAGAAAACCAUCCCUCCAACAUUCGUGCGAGCUGGUACGCUCUAUGCUCUCGUGAAUGAGAACGAUGAUGGUCUUUCGGUCAAUCGGGUCCGUGCUAUUCACGUUGAUGGCGAAGAGGUGAAUGUGUCAUUUAUGGAUCACGGUGGAAGAGAAACCGUCAAGGUCAGCCAAUUGAGGAAUUUAGACAACAAGUUCAGGAAGCUGCCGUAUCAGGCCAUUACUGUCAGUUUAUCAGGCUUGGAAGAAUUUGAAACGAACGAAGAAAUUUUGGAGAAAUUGUUGGAUGAUGUACUUGGAAAGAGUUGCUUGGCGAAAGUUGUUAGCAGAUCAGAUCGUCUGAGUGUGAUCCUCUUUGACACGUCUUCUGAAAACGACGUCAACGUCAACAAUCUCCUCAUGGAGACCGUCAGCGACCAAGACUUGUCACCACACCUGCCAACAGAUGGCUCUCUCAAGGAAGUUUACAUCAUCCAUAUUGACCCUAAUGGCCUGUUCCACCUCCAGGUGCCUGGGCCGGGGAAGCAGCGCCUUGAGACGAUGAUGGGAGAGAUCCAGGCACACUUUUCUAAGAGGAUUGGUGCGGAUGAAUUCAUCGCGAAUCCUGAACCGGGCCAGAUAGUCUGUGCGAGAGACCUGGUAGACAGUCGAUGGUGUCGGGCAGAGAUUCUCCAGGUUCUUCCCGACAGGAAGGUGGAGGUGUAUUACGUCGAUUACGGCAAUUCAGAAGUCACCGAGAUCAGCGAACUGCGUAGUCCAGCUAAAGCUAGUCCGCAUACACUGUCAUUCCCUCAUCAGGCAGUGCAGUGUACAUUGUUCGGUUUACCGCCUCCCGGGAAGAUGUGGACCCAAGAGACUGUGAGGACUCUUGAAGCCUCCAUCGAUUUGGAUGCGUUUGUGCCAAUUAAGACCAUGACGCAAGCAACAGACAACAGUCCGGCGGAAGUGGUCAUGUUCCUCUUCGACGAGAAUGAGAGGAAUUUCAUCCCAUUGAAUGAAGAUAUAUUAGAAUUUGCUGAUGACUUGGAAGCCGAAGUGAAUGAUGUCGUAUUUGAUGAUUUAGACGACGUAACUUUAGAUGAAUCGGCUGAAGCCGCCUAUAGGCAGGAAGCGGAACUAUCAGAUGGUGCUACGGUAGCCUCGGAUGCUUCAACAGCCAUGACGUUGGAUAGUCUUGAUGUCAACAUUUCAAAACUGAUGGACACCACUGUUGAUGCUUCUGAAGUUGGGCUGAACAAUUGGCUAGUCUUGAAUCACACUGGCGUCAACGAUUCUUUAAAUACUCAAAAAGAGGAAAAUAACAACGGGCAAACAGUUACAGAUAUUCAAAAUAUCUCCGCUAUUGAACCAGCGGCGCCACCAAACAACAUUGGCAGCAACUCAAAUUCGAACUCUGGGUCCAUAGAUUCGUUCCAGCUUCCAAAUCAUCGGACUAAGUCCAUAGACUCGACGGCGAGCUUUGAUAGCUUGUCGGAACCGUUAUCGAGUAUGCGGAUGAAAUAUUAUCACAGGAUCCCGAUACCGACGAUAGCAGACAUACCGGAGGUUGGGAGUUUCUUCGAUAUUCAUGUGACGUGGGUUUGUGAUCCAAGCAAUUUCGCAGUUGUCCCCUAUGACAGUCAAAAGGAUCUCGAAACUCUGAUGUCGGAGAUGUACAGUGCUUAUCAAUUCAAGUGGCAGCAUACAAACUUGACUGUCUUUCACAAAGAUCAGCUUUAUGCUGCAUUCUACGAGGAUCUCUGGUAUCGUGUGGUGGUUAAGGAUCUCCUCCCUGAAGAGCAAACAGUCUCCGUGCAGUUCGUCGACUAUGGAGACUACAAUAUAGUGCCAAUGGAUACAUUGCAACCUCUGCCUGGAGACUUUAGGGAGCUUCCUCUACAAGCUUUCAGGGCUGAAUUGAGUGGGAUUUGUCCGGCUGAUGGUAAAGCGUGGUCGAACAACUGUGAAAAACGCCUGAGAGAACUCCUCAGCGAUCGCGACCUUGUGGCCUUGAUCAAGGACAAUAACAUCAAGCAAGGUCAAGCCAUCAAGGUCAAGUUGGUUGACACAUCUGACGAGGAAAACGAUGUGUGUAUUGACGAUGUGUUAGUUAAUGAGGGGUUUGCCAAAUAUGUAUGAUGCUUUGUUUCGCUGUUUCAUCAGUAGACUUGGGUACCCUUGCAAAAGGUGCCCUCAUAGAAUCUUUGAUGGCCGAUGGUAGAAUCUAUGAUCAUCAUCACAAACCAUGUUUUACAUCGGCGGUACCAUCAUAGAUUCUAAGUAAAAUGUCAUUCCUUUUAAGGAGCAUCUCAAUAUUGAUUGAAGCCUGAAAAGACCAGUUUUUAUCUUGGGGUGUGGGGGUUUCAUCUGUUACACCAGCCAGUCUUCGUUCUUGAGGUAUUGAAGAAUAGAUCUAAGAAGUGAGGUUACAGCUUUCUGUUUUUAGUCUUUUGGGAGGCAGGAUUGGUUCAAUCGGUGAUAUGAAUAAAGACUAGCAAAUGCUUUUACUUCAAUUUUGUAUAGAAAGACCUAGUGUAUAUGUACAUGAAGUUUUAGAUAAAAGCAUUUGCUAGUCUUUAUUCAUAUCACCCAAUGAGAGGUAAUUUUGUUGUCAUUUCAAGGCUUCAACCUGUUUUGAGGUAGUCUCUUAAUCAAGAUGUCUUUAAUGGUAUGUUUCAGUUGCUUUUUAAAUUUUAUCAUCGGAACGGGAUAAGAGACGCCAUGAAAAGUGUUUGUUCCGAGAAAAUGUUGGACUUAUUAGGAAAGUACCAAUGCACUGGUGUACAUAUACAAUAAAAUGAGUUUCGUGCUGAGCUUUGAGGAGGAACAUAUGAUGGAAGUUAAUAAGGCAAUUUAAGAUUAAAGUUAAAUUUGUGGUGAAAGAUAUUGCUGGAGGAUGUCCGUUUUAGAGACACAGUUGGAACUGACUUAUUGGUCGUCAUGCGGAGGUCUCUAUUCUAACCCUGUUGAUAGAUACAUUUUACAACUUUUGUGGGACGUCCAAUAAAUUGAUUGAAAUGUUCAUAGAUGUGUAUUUGACUCUGCUUGUCAUAAUGGUCGCAAGCCUUCAUAAUCAAACAGUCAGACUUUGUCACAAAUUACUGCAAUCGCUGUGUGUACCUAAUUGUGCUUCGUAUUAUGUUCUUCUGACGUCACACUUGAUAUGCCCUGAUGCAAGCAGCAGCCCGGCCCGUUAGCAGAGGUAAACUGCAUCUAGAUCAUUGUGUUCAUGUUGUUAUUCAUGCUUCCGCCGCUGCCAUUCAUCUUAAAAUAAAUCUGUACAUAAGAAUUACAA